GGGACACGCCGCGGGGCCGGUGUCCGUGUCGGGGCCGGCGCCAUGGAGGAGGCGGGUUGCGGGGCGCAGUUUCGCGCCGCCGUUCGCGUUAUCCAAGGGCUGCCCCGGAGCGGUUCCUACCGGCCCUCCUAUGAGGAGAUGCUGCGUUUCUACAGCUACUACAAGCAGGCGACGGCGGGGUGCUGCCAGGGCCCCAGGCCCGGCUUCUGGGACCCCAUCGGCCGAUACAAGUGGGAUGCCUGGCACAGCCUGGGCAGGAUGUCCAAGGAGGAGGCGAUGGCGGCUUAUGUGGCUGAGAUGAAGAAGGUGGCCCAAAAGAUCAUUGACACGGUGCCUAUGGACGAGACAACGGAGGAGAUGUUCGGGUACUUCGAGCCACUCUACGAGGUGAUCCGUGACAUGCCUCGGCCCCCCGAGGCCUUCUUCAAGAGGAAAGGGGGCAGUCAGGAGGAGACGGCCAACCCCAGCCAGGACGGCCCAGCAAGCAGCCUGGCUCCAGAACACGCUGAAGAUGCCCUGCCCGGGGAGCAGCAGAACAGGCAGCAUGUGUCAGGAGGUGGGCUGGCUCCCACCGCCGAGGCGCUUGAGGGUAGCCAGGUGACCAGUGACUCCGAGGGGGACGUGUACUGCGAUACCCUGGAGCAGAUGGAGCCUGAGCAGGCUGGGCAGCCGCUGGGUCUCUCCCCGAACAGCGGCUGGGCCGGGCCCGAGCCCCCACAGCUCCGCGGCGCUGGGCAGGGAGAGCAGGGUGAAGGCAGAAGACUAGAGGGGAGGAGCAGCGCUGGCCUCACAGCCCUUGGCUCCGAGAGAGACCAGCUUGCUGGGGGACAGCAGGACACGGGGAGCACCCCCAAGCUCGUGCUGGCAGAGCUGGACACGUGCCUGGCCCGCACCCUCCAAGCCUUGCAGGACGACAUGCGGCGAGUGCUGGAGCGCCUGAGUGAGCUGGAGGCGCUCACCUCCGCGCAGGGGGAAUCAGCUGGGACUGAUCCUGACCAGCCGCUUGCUCUGCAGGCACCAUCCCCGUGGCCCCUGACCGUCUCCCCGCACACCCUCCUCUUCCUCCUCACCUGGCCUUUCAUCACCCAGUGGCUGCUGCGCCGCUGGCAGGGCAGGAAGAGGUGACCGCUGCAUCCCCACGGCCACCGCCGGCCCCAUGGGGCUGCCACCACCACCCUUCCUUCCCCGUCCUGCUCUGCACAAGCCGGGGAAGCGCUGCACGGGAUUGGGAUCGACGGAAUCGCCUCACCCAGCCACGGGGGCUCCUGCGGGCCGGGACCCCCAGCCCCGAGGGAGGGACAGCCACUGCGCACCGCUGACCGCCACUGUUACUCUCAGGGGCUUGCCAGCACCGCCGGGACGGCGAAGGGACUGCCCGGCCGUGGGGAACAAGGCGCGGGAUCGCCCCCCUCGCCCCCCACCGUGGUCCCAGGGAAUCCCCCUCGCAGCCACGCACAGAGCCACCCGCUGCCCGCCAGCACCACGGGUGGCAGGGGACAGCCGCCACCCCCGGCCCCAGGGACCGGGUUCCGUCAAGUGCUUGAACGUCUGAACCUGGCGGAAUUAAAGUUGCCUUUUCAGUCCA